UGUUGAAUUUAAUUUAUUUACAAAUUUAAAAAUUAAGCCACUAAGCAACAUGAAUAUUUAAAACAUAUCUGCCUUUACAUUAACAUUCCAGGAAACAAACAUAAGUGAUGUGUAAUGGAAACGUCAUCAGAUAAAAUGAAUUCUGUGAAGGAAACCUUCAUAAGGAUAGAUGAUGAGAACAGCAGAACAUCAAAAACAGAAAUCAAUAUAUUAUGCUUUGACAUAACAAAUUACAGUCAAUUAACUCAGUUCCUGUCUUGUUCGAUAUUCGUUUUUAUAUUCUAUUUAGCUUAUGGAUACUUCUUAGAAUUAAUAUUUGCAAAACCGGAAGUGAAGCCAGUCAGUUUGUAUAUAACCUUAGUGCAAUUUAUGAUUACGAUGUUAUUGAGUUACGGAGAAUCAUGGAUAAGAAAUCCUAUCAAAAGGAAAGUUCCACUAAAAACUUAUGCAGUUUUAGCUGCAUUGACAUUAGGGACAAUGUCAUUUUCGAAUUUAGCUUUAAGUUAUUUGAACUAUCCAACUCAGUUGAUAUUCAAGAGCUGUAAACUUAUACCAGUUAUGAUUGGUAGUAUUAUCAUAAUGAGGAAACGUUAUUCGUUUUUGGAUUAUGUAGCGGCAAUUGUUAUGUGCGUAGGACUGACUAUGUUUACUCUGGCUGACUCCAGCACAUCACCGAAUUUCGAUUUGAUUGGCGUUCUAGUUAUAUCGUUAGCAUUACUAUGCGACGCAAUAAUCGGAAACGUACAAGAGAAAGCAAUGAAACAGUACCAAGCUUCAAAUAACGAAGUUGUUUUCUAUUCAUAUGCGAUUGCAUGUGUUUACCUUGUCUGUAUUACUGUAUUCAGUGGUAUACUAGUUGACGGAUUUGCUUAUUGUGCUGAGACACCAGUUGAAAUGUACCGGAACAUAUUUCUUCUAAGUCUGAGCGGUUAUAUGGGCCUGCAAGCGGUGUUGACGCUGGUGAGGAUAUGCGGUGCGACGGUGGCCGUUACCGUCACCACGAUGAGGAAAGCUCUCUCGAUAAUCAUAUCAUUCUUGUUGUUCAGCAAGCCUUUUGUCUUCCAGUACGUUUGGUCGGGAUCUCUAGUGGUUUUAGCCAUUUACAUAAAUCACUACAGUAAAAAGCAUCCUCACUACGUACCGGCCUCACUGUCUAGUUGCUGGCAACAAAUAAGGAACUAUUACGAUUCAGAAUACAGAUAUCUUAAGAUGAAAACUAAAAUGUACACUGAUACGGUGUAA